AUGAACUCCCUCCGCCUGGAGGCCGACGAGAACGCCGCCAAGGUCGAGGAGCUCCAGCAGAAGCUCAAGGCUCUUGAGCAGGAGAACCUGGCUAAGGAGCAGGAAAUCACAUCCCUCUCGCACAAGAACGGUCUCCUCGAGGCCGAGGUUGACAAGCUCGACACCUCCGUCAAGGAUCUGAAGAAGUCCAACGAUGAGGGCCAGCAACAUGGUACGCAGAAUGAGACCCUCCAACGAAGACUGCAGCUCCUCGAGGAAGAGGCCGAGGAAGCCGAUAAGACUCUUCGUGAGGCCAAUGAGAAGCUCCGCCAGACUGACGUAAAAGCCGGUCACUUUGAACGCAAGGUGCAGGCUCUCGAGCAGGAGCGAGACCAGUGGGAGGGCAAGUACGAGGAGAUGUCCCAGAAGUACGCCGCAUUGCAGAAGGAGUUGGAUGAGCUGCAAAACGAGAUCAACGGAUUUUAA